AUGGUCCUGCUGUGCCCCUUGGAGCUGCUCAUCAUCCUGCUGCUCCUGCAGGUUACUGCUGCUGACAGUUUUUCUCAUGAAAUUGAAAAUUUCAGUUUAAGACAAGCCAUCAGAAGGAAGAGUAUUCAGUGGAUGGAUUCUUACCAGUCAGACAGUCUGCAGCCUCUGAAGAGAACAAAAAGAACCUGGGUUAUCACCACCAUUGAUAUUCAAGAGGAAGACAAAGGACCAUUCCCCAGAUAUGCUGGACAGUUGUUCAAUAAUAGAUCAUACAACACAUCACUGAGGUAUUUAAUCAGUGGACCUGGGGUGGAUGAGGCUCCAGAGGUCGGAUUGUUUUCCAUAGAAGAUGAUGCCAAUGGACACGUGUACGUCCAUCGCACCAUCGACAGGGAGAGGACUCCAACCUUCCAGAUUCGUUUUGAUAUUGAGAACAGAAAAUCUGGUGAGCUGCUGGACCGCCCUAUAUUUUUCAAGAUAAAGAUUAAAGAUAUCAAUGACAAUGCACCUGAGUUUUCCAUGGAAGAAUAUGGCACUACAAUAAGAGAGAACCACAGUAAAGAUGAGCCAGUUAUCCAAGUCACAGCCCUGGACAAAGACGAAGUGGGCACUGUGAACUCACAGGUGUCCUAUUCUAUAAGUAUGCAAAUGCCCUCUCCAGAUGGACUCACAUUUCACAUUGAUCCCACCACAGGAUCAGUAUUUCUGUCAGGAUGCCUGGAUUAUAAGACUGCCAACUCUUUCAACCUUCUGAUUAAAGCCAGUGACCAUGGAAGUCCCCAGCUGUCAUCUACUGCAACAGUGACUGUCGCUGUUGAAGAUGCAAACAAUCACCUCCCUGUAUUUACUAGUGAUAAUGUAAGGGAAAACAUUAUUACUUCACUGAGCCUUUCUAAGUACACUUCAGUCCUUCCAACUGCUAAAUGGUCUCAGCAGUGGAAAUGGGAACCCUCAGACCCUUGCAGAAUCAGGUACCAUCUGCAAAUUUCAGCAGGAGAAGAACAUCCAGCUGUGUUACGGCUCCAAGUGGAAGACAAAGACUCUCCCAACACUCCAGCAUGGAGAGCAAAAUACAAAAUAGUAAAGGGCAAUGAGGAGGAGCAGUUCACCAUUGAGACAGAUCCAGCCACAAAUGAAGGCAUUUUGAGUGUUAUCAAGCCUCUCAGCUAUGAAGGUGACCCCAAGAUGAGACUUGUCAUUUCUGUAGCAAAUGCAGAACCUUUCUUCUGGUGUAAAAAUGGCACUGUGGUGAUCUCUGAUCUGGAAUCCACUAACACCACUGUGAGCAUCGAGGUCUUACAGUCACAACGUGCUCCAAGGUUUCAUCCUCCUAUCCUUAUUGUCCAAAAGGAAGAUUCAAUGAAGCCUGGGAGGAUAUUUAGAAAGUAUCCUGCCACAUAUCCAGAUGAUGUGCCAAAUAAGAUAAAAUAUGAACUAGCCAGUGACCCAGAUGGUUGGCUGAGAGUGGAUGAGAACACUGGUGCCCUUACUGUGGCAAAAGAAUUUGAUCAAGAAUCCCCCUUCUUGAACAACAGCGUGUACACCAUUAUUGUUCAUGCUACUGAUCAUGGCAAGCCCCCACAGACUGGUACUGGCACCAUCCUGCUUUACUUGUCUGACAUUGAUGAUCAUAUGCCAUCAUUGGUGACUCCUGCUUUAGAUGUGUGUGACAAAACAGAAGGGACACCUCUUGUUAUAGAAGCCAAGUCUGCUCUGGCCCAUUCCCAUUCAGGGCCAUUUACAUUUGAGCUGGCUGAGGACUCUGAAGAUGUGAAGCGUAACUGGACAUUAGGAAGGAACUUUGGGCAUUCAGUCGAACUUCUGAUGUUAAAAAGCCUCCCACAAGGCAGCUACUUGGUGCCCAUCAUUAUUCAGGACAGGCAAGGAUUUUCCAGAAGGCAGAACCAGCACAUCAGGCUCUGCUUUUGUGCAGAUGGACACACAUGUAAAUAUUCACCAGUUCUACCAGCAGGAGUGGGACUUGGAAGUGGUGCCAUUGUGAUAAUACUGAUGGCUUUCUUAUUACUACUGGUAUCCAGCAUCAUGCUCUGCCGGUGUUACUGGUCAGGGGCCAAAAGCAAAGCCAUUGCUCCACCCCAGGAAGGUGAACAGACUUUAAUCACCUACAAUGAAGAGAGCAGAAGUGCUUUUUCUGAGGCUGGGCUGGAUAUUACACACAGUGCCACUCCAACACCUGUGUCUGUGGAGGCUGGAAAAGAAGUGAUUGCUGAGAAUGGCUGCUUCACUGGGUAUGAGACAUCCCAAGCCAGACACCUGGACUGCUUCAUACAGACAGUGGGCAGAGCACUGGCUCAGAAAGUGUAUUACCAAAGCACACUGGAAGAUUACAGGGACAUGUGUGAACCUUGCAGAUACACUGAGGAAGGAGAAUUAGAGCCCAGUAACUCCCCCUGCUCCAUCUCCAUUAGCAGUGAGGACCUGCCUGAUGAUUUCUUGAACACUCUGGGACCAAUGUUUUGUGCUCUGGAAGAGAUCUGUCAGAAGUGA